UCGCACCGCACUGAGCUUGGCUGGGCAUGUGCGCCUCUCCUCGCCAUCGAUGGACGUGACUCACAGCAGCCGAGCCAGCAGUAGCAGCGCACCGCGGGAGAGGAUGUCUUGCUGAAAUAAGGGAUAGGCCUCGGCGAGUCGGCCGUCCCUUCUUUUUCCACCCUCUGGCAUUCACACCGUCUCCAAUCCCAGCGAUUCCGCAGGAAUAAAAAGGAAAAGUCGUCGAGGGCAUCGACUACCUAAUAAAAACAACAUACGCAAAACAGCUGCGGGAGGCUCGCAAUCCGGAUGGUUCUCUUGCCAUUUUGGGCAGACAGCAUGGUGAGCAGAGCUGCAUGGAAAUGAUUUGUGGAAAGAGAAGAAGGCCGCUGCUGCUGGAGGAAACCGGAGCUCUUUCUCAGGAAAUCUGAUCCCACUCACCGGUUAGCAGGCUAGCUGCCUUUUCUGCUAGCGAGCACUUUUCGCCAUUUCAUGGUGAUUUCCCUUCCACACUGGAAAAAACACAGUCUCGCAUGUGUGCAGCAGCAUUUCGAGCAUUUUGCACUCGGGCUCCAGUGGCUUCUGUAGCUGCAUCGCAGAAUUAACUAACUAUCUGGCCAGCUGAAGUCAAAACUCGUUAUUAUACCCGGCUUUGGAGCUCAGGCCUUAUAACUUAACCUAACUGACUGCAGAGAGCAAGGUAACUUUCUGUUGCAGUAAGUGGAGGAUUACGCCUGUCUCUUUCGAAACCCAAGCAAAAACAAACGCUAACACUCAUGCAGUGGUCUUUUAGCUCGCACAGUAGUCACGCUUCAGUUAAAUCGCACUGACAUUGUUCAGUCGCUGAUAGACUGACUGCACGCACUUCGGGCUCGUAGCAGAGAGUAAUGUUAGGGCACAGCAGCGCCAAAGCCUCCCCAAACAGGCAUUAGUGACUCAGAUCGAGGAAUUUUCAUCUUUUUCUUUAUGCAUUUUUUGUUGCAGUAGUGCAGCCAAAUUCUAUCUGCAGCCCAAGUUCGUUUCCUCUCUCGACCCCCCCCCUUCCGACUCAGACAUCGACCCCCUCUCCCUUAGGACAACUCUCAUCUACCACUCAUGAACAUACAGAGGUCAAAUCCCAUUAACAUUUCGCGUUAUGGGAGAUCGAGGCACAAAGCGCACGAAUUUGAGGAGUUGUCUUGCCUAAGGACUACAGAGUCGAACCAGAGCUUCAGCCCCAAUUUAGGAUCUCCCAGCCCCCCGGAGACCCCGGACUCGUCUCACUGCAUUUCGUGCAUUGGAAAUUACCUUUUGUUGGAGCCGCUUGAGGGAGACCACGUUUUCAGGGCCGCCCACUUGCACAGUGGGGAAGAGCUAGUCUGCAAGGCAUUUGAUAUCAGUCGAUAUCAAGAGUCACUGGCUGCCUACUUUGUGCUGGGUGCCCACCAGAACAUCAACCAAAUAGUGGAGAUUCUCCUGGGGGACACGCGGGCGUACGUGUUCUUCGAGAGGAGCCAUGGGGACAUGCACUCGUUCGUCCGCACUUGCAAGAAGCUGCGAGAGGAAGAGGCUGCCAGACUCUUCUAUCAGAUAGUGUCGGCCGUGGCACACUGCCAUGACAAUGGCCUGGUUCUCAGAGACCUCAAGCUGAGGAAGUUCGUCUUUAAGAAUGAGGAGAGGAGCCUUGUUAAGUUGGAGAGUUUGGAAGACACAUACCUCCUGGAAGGAAGUGAUGACUCUCUCUCAGACAAACAUGGCUGUCCAGCCUAUGUAAGCCCGGAGAUCCUCAGCGCCAGUGGCAGCUACUCGGGGAAAGCGGCGGAUGUGUGGAGUCUAGGCGUCAUGCUGUAUACUAUCCUCGUCGGGCGCUACCCCUUCCACGAUGUGGAGCCCAGUUCGCUCUUCAGCAAGAUCCGCCGCGGCCAGUUCAGCAUCCCCGAGACGUUAACGCCCAAGGCCCGCUGCCUGAUCCGCAGCAUCCUCCGGCGCGAGCCGGCUGAACGUCUGACCUCUCGGGAGAUCCUGGAGCACCCCUGGUUCCUGGCUGCCACCAGCCAAGCUGGAACAGGCAGCAGCAGAGGAGAGCGGGACGCGGACCAGAUGGUGCCAGAGGCCAACAUGGAGGAGGAGCUGGAGCAGUACUUCAGCUGAGCAGCACAAAAAAAAACCCAGACAUUUUGCCACGUGUUUUAGACGACAAAAGAAAAGUUAACAGAAUACACUCAUUGCAAAGGUGUCUAUCUCUCAUUCCAUCGAGAAACCUGAAAGGUCUGGCUUGAUGGUGUGGAACACCUUCAGCAAGAGCUUCUGGGCAAUGCAAAUGUUAAUGUUAAGUAAUGUAGCAGGACUUACAACUAUCUUUAGUUUGAGUUUUUUAUUUUUAUUUUAAGUGGUGCUCAUGAGAUGUACGAGUCACAUUAAGCUACAAAAGAAAUAACACGACGGCACAGGAGACCUCAGCCAAGGAGAACAAAAAUGAGGCAAAGUGCAACCACUCCUGUUCAUCAAGUACAUGACAUUGUCUCCAGAUACCGAACUUUACUUCAGAAGCAUUUUGUUGGCUGUAUCUAUAUUUAUUCUUUGUAAUUUUUUUAAAAGUAUAUUACUUACACCAUUCUGCUCGUUCAUAGCCUUAUAGGCCUAUACUAUAAAAUGUAUGUGCCGGCUAUCAGUAGAAUUACAAAAAUAAGUUUGUAAUUUCUUCUCUUCAGGCUUGUUUUCCCUUCAUUGUGUAAUUAUGUUAACUUGCAUCGUUUCUGUCCUUCGUGUAAAGCUGCACCACGUCAGCUCUUUGUGUUGCAUUAAGCUAUUUCUUUUUUCUCUUCAAAUGUUACUGCUGCUUUAUUUCUGCUCUAGCCUGAACGGAACCUUUCUCCUUGAGCCUCCAAACGUGACGAGCACUUGACUUGCCUAGGCUAGGUGAACGGUCCAUUCCAUCUCUCUAGACUAGCAUCUAUUUAAUUUUUUCUUUCUUAUGCAGGAAUGAAAAUUAUUAUUUUUUUUCUUCUAAUUUAAAAUAACUACUAUAUUUAAAAAAAAAUACUUGCAGGGUUUUCUCUUCAGUUCCAGUUUCCACAAAUAUUGUAGGCAAUACUUUUGACACAGGACAGUUACGAAGUUAAGGCAUUAAAGACUGUCCCAAGGUUUAGAAACCAUGUAACUUUAGUGCCAGUAUUUGUGCCCCACAGCCACCUAUGCUGAUAGUAUUUUUUUUUCUUUUUUUUUAAAUUUAGGUUUUGACUCCACAACAGUAAAAUGAUGUUACUACGACUACACUGUCUCCAGUACCUCAUGUUAAUUUUCUACUGCCUGCGUAGGUUCUGUGAAAUGAUCAUGUUCUGAAUGGGUACAUGUGGACAUGUUUUGUCGUAUAUAAAUGUUACUUGAAAUCGUGGUAUCUAGUCAACGGCAUGUGCCCUUUUUGAAUGCUAUAGCCUGCCUAGCGGGGGGGCGGGGAAGCUGUUUUUUUUUUUGUUUUGUUUUGUUUUUUUUAAUACUUUUCUUUUUUCCUCCCCCUUUCUUUUCUGAAAGUAAAUUCUUGCAAACAAUUUAUAAAAAAAAAUACUUAAGAGGUCUAAGUUGCUUCUGUAAGCAUAGGUUUAUUAUUAUUGUUAAUAUUAUUAAUAUUAUUAUUUUUAAAAUAUGCAUUUUUGGUAGGAAAAACUGCCCAUGCUUUAGUUGGUGCUGAUAGGUGCUAAUGUUGAAGGAGAUUUUUAUUUUCUUCUGUUCUUUUUUUUGUUGUUUUGUUUUGUUUUGUUUUGAAGGGGGGGGCGUGCAUGGUGGGAUAUCUGCCUCAGAUGCUCUGAUUGUAAUGUAACUGAUUUUGGUGUUUUGUCCAAAUUUAUUCGGUAAAUAAAUUGUGAACUGCACACUGAAAUUUUA